UACGCACCAGCAGGGAGUUAAAACGCUCGUCACCGCCUCCCAGCGCCUCCGCGUCCUGCACAGCGUGAAGAGGACCAGUCAGACCAGUUCAGCGCAGAAAUGGCAGCCGACCGGUCGACGGCGGACGAACUCGGUGGAGUUGAUUCGUCUGAGUUCGAACCGUUUCAGGACUUCGUGGGAAACAUCCCCAAGAGACACGCCCGGGUUACCGUCAAGUACAACAGAAAGGCGCUGCAGAGGCGACUGGACGUGGAGAAGUGGAUCGACGAAACGCUGGACCGGCUGUACUUGGGUCAGGAGGCGGACCUGCCAGAGGAGGUGAACAUUGACCAGUUGAUUGAUCUGCCUAAUGACGAAGAGAGGGUCCAAAAGCUACGGGAGCUUCUUCAGAAGUGCAACAAUGAGACUGAGACCUUCAUCAGGGAGUUGGUGGAAAGGCUGCAGGGAAUCCAUAAGCAGGAUGAGCUGCAGAGCGAAGGCAUGGAGCAUCCGGUCAUCUGUCACAGCCACCACCGUCACGAGCCCUAUCACUUCAACAACCCGCCGCAGCACAAGCCCAGCGUCGUCCACCAGCCGCACAGCCAGAACCAGACCCUCUAACGACGACGGAGGCCUCUGUCCCACGCGUUUAGGCCAAUAGUUUGACAGAAAGAGGCUCACUUGCUUUCCCGCCGUGUUGUAUUUUUGACUGAUAGCUUAGAUUUUUAAACAGAAUGAGAAAAUAGUGCACCUUUGAAGCUAAUCUAAGAUCAAGUCUUCAGUCUCAAGGUGCUGCGUAACACAGAACUGGUAAUUAUACAACAGAUUAACUGACAGUAUUCAUGAGAAUUGUAUGAUGGAUUUACCACCAACACCCGCGUCUCAACUUUACUUGACUGUAAAGAAAUGCAGCUGAGACGCAAGACUUUGUAGCACUCACUGAUGAAGUAUGUGAUUAAAGUAGAUGAAGGAUCAACAGGUGCAAAACACGUACAGUAUAAGGGUCAUUUAUGUGGUAAACUUUCAAAAACGAUCGAGGUUCUUGGUUGGAGCCUCAGAAUCGCCCUGCGGAGACACAAGAACCUGGUAGAAGCGCGAGCAUUUAUCAUGUUAGAGAAAUUAGCUUACAGUAGGUGGAUUUUUUGAAGUCUUAGCACCAGGCGCUGGUCACUGUCUGAAGGACGAACGAAGCAUAGGGUGAUUUAUGGAAAGAAACAAACACAAACAUAAAGUAUCAAAGUCACUCAAAACACUCAGUCACUGCAAGGCAGAAUAAAACUGGACAAUGGCUACAAACUAACUCACAGAACAAUGUUCCUACUCAAACUUACAAGGCAGCUGAAAACAAAGCAAACUAACCAGUGUACAUGAAACAGCCCAGUCCUGCAUCUACAGAAUAUGCAGAGGUGUGGGUGAUGGGCAGUGGACUCACGCGCACCUUCCAUCCAACCUGGUGGAGCUUCAGAGCUUCUGUCAGAGCCUGAGCCAAACCUCCAAAGUAGCUGCUUCAGCAUCGGUGGGUUUCAUUCCACUUUUAUAGGCUAAUCCUAGUUUUGGCUUGAAGUUUAAACAUUGAUGAUCAGCGUUGCAUCUUUUUAUUUGUAAAAUUAAUGAACACUAGUGUGAAGGGCUGUGAACAGUCUGUGAAGCAAAAACCACCACUGCUUCAGUUAAACAGGAAAUACAAACGUUCUGUCAUGCGUUGUGACGCUGGAGGGAACCCUCUUGCAGUAUUUACAGUCAUUUGUACCGUUUUGUGUUUCAGUUGUGCUGUUGUGCUUGAGGCACCGGUCCUUUGCAGGAACUGCUAAUAAAGGUCCUUAUCUUA